GUGUGCCUGGCAACAUUUGCUAAAUAGCACUGAACACAAGGGACAGGUGAGGCUGACGGGAAUGUCAUCAUGUCCGUGGCAUUGGCUCUGAAAAUGUUUACACAUACACCACGAUACUGGACAACCUGAAAUUUUUGACCUGGUGACCGAUAUCCUUAGAGCCAUGCCACUGACAUGGAUAAGAACACCCCUUUCGUGAUGUGUCCCCAGGUGCGCUACCAUUACCCAGGCACGGGAAACACCUGCUGUGGCAUCACUUGGGGGGAGCUGCGGUACGUCCUGGACCUUCCGGCCACAGAGAGCGGUACAGCAGCCCGAGGUUCCCGCCCUCCAACCUUUCAGUGGGCUCUUUAAGAGCAGAGCCUCUCUGCAUCUGCUGAUCUGUCAGCAGGCGCGGUGCCACCCUCCCUCCUCGUCCUGCCGCGCCUCGGAGGACUCGCUCGCUGUACAUGCGCCCGAAGCGCCCGAAGCACCCGGCACGUCGGGCUUGGAUCUUCGCGCGUUAUGGGUAAUCGCUAAUCGAAACUAAAAUGCGCCGGGCCCACCGUCCUCGCCACCCUGGGCUGUGCAGGUGUAAAAGGUAGCCGGACUGAGCUGCUGGGGAGGGACACGGCCACGCUUGAUCGCCGGAUCACAUCUCAUUCAUGUUUCAUGUGAAGCCAUGACAUUUUCUGAUGCUCCGGAAUGGCAGACUUCGUCUGGCGCACGCCUUUAAUCCCGCUCACCGUAUCUGGCCUCUUUGGUGGUCCGGCUGGCUCAGCAGCACUUUGAACGGCGGAGCGCAGUAUGUCCUCGGCGGUGGUGUCCCGGCUGAGCGAGCUGCCCAUGGAGAGCUGGAUGUCUCACCUGCCAUGUGCUCUGUGGGACACCCCCCUGUACCACCUGGCCAUCCCUGGCAGCCACAAUGCAAUAACCUACUGUCUGGAUAUGAAUGACAGAUCCCCCGUUGACCUCACUCAACCAGACAUGCUUCAAAAGCUGGACAAAUACAUGAAGCCCCUUAUUCGCCCCUUUGUGUACAAGUGGGCGAUAACCCAGGAGUAUACUAUAAAGCAGCAGCUGGACUGUGGGGUCAGAUACUGUGACCUGAGAAUUGCACACCGGCCCAACGACAGCUCCACUGAUCUUUAUUUCUACCACGGUGUUUACACCACCCUCACUGUGGAGACUGUUCUAAUGGAGAUAAGAGAGUGGCUGGACGCUCAUCCCAAAGAAGUGGUCAUCCUCUCCUUCAGCCACUUCCUCGGCCUGAGCCAGGAGCUCCACAUGCUGCUGCUCACAACCAUACGCAACAUAUUCACCUCCAAAGUCUGUCCCAAAACGGAAGCGUUAACCCUGCGAAACCUGUGGGCUUUAGGCUACCAAGUGAUUGUAUCCUACGAGCACAGUAUUGCCAGCUGUCACAGCGACCUGUGGCCACACAUUCCUUACUGGUGGGCAAAUAAAUGCAAAGCUGAGUCUCUUAUCGAGGAGUUUGAACACAGGAAGCAACAUGGCAGACCAGGAGGUUUUUUCGUCACAGGAAUUAAUCUGACAGAGGACCUGAAAUACAUCUGCACACACCCGACAGAAUCCCUGAAGGACUUGGUGAUGUCCACAUAUCCGACUCUGCUCAGCUGGGUUAAAGAGCAGACUCCCGGCUCCAGAGUUGGCUCUCUCAAUAUCAUUGCCGGGGACUUUAUCGCAGAGAGCCACUUUGUACCAACUGUUGUUACACUGAAUGAGAAACUACUGAAAUGGUCCUCAUGACUUUUCAGCAAUAUGCAUUAUUCUACAAAAGAAAAAUGUGAAUCACAGCAUGAAAUACACGAGCUUGUUUUCUUAAGAGGGACAGAAAAAAAAUACUCAAGUACUUGAAUUGUUCAUUUAAAUAUAAAUUCACUUAUUGAAGGCAGUGAAAUGUAUACUUCAGUCUUAAAGCUGCUUGGAGACUUUUGGUAUUUUGACCUGCAGUUGUUUGUAUUACAUUCAGUUCCCUAUUUAUGCAAUGCAUUGUAUCAGUUUUCACGAGGCAGCGAGGUGGCCGGAUUUAUGUUAUGGUGACCAAAGCAAUAAUGAUAGAACUAAUCUUACCUUAAUGUAGGCAUUUUAGAUGAGUAAGCACAAACAAUGUAUUCAAAGAGCACAUAUGACUGUAAUGUAGGACAUAGUCUUUUAUAAAUAUGACGUGGGCAGCAAGUUUAAGAUGUAGCUAAACUGUAUCACUUACAAGACCUGUAUUUAUCCAUAGAGAAUGUAGAGAAGAAAGGAAACUUGUGCAAAAUGCAUGGGUGAGUUAUUUGCAUGAACCCAACCAUGACUGUUGUAAUUAUAAUUGACUUUAUCCAACAGGUUAGACCUUGGUUUGAAAAAAUGCUGCACCACUGUGCCUGUAGAGAUAAGCUUUUCAAAUAAA